AUGGAGAUUCAGAUAAGCUUACCAGUGUUCUUUUUGCACCCACCAUUAUGACUUAAUAGGGGUGCAUCGAUACACCAACCUAAUGAUACAAUAUGCAUCAUGAUAUUCAGUUCACAAUAAGAUGCAUGUCACGAUACAUUACAUUUAUUAUAAAUAUAGAUUCCAUGACAUUAUGGCUUCAAAGAAAAGAAUUUUACCUUCUUGGAUGAAACUUUGUGAAUCAGAAAAAUUUAAGGAAGAAAAUGUCGAGUCAUCCCCCAAAAAGUGUAGAGAAACUCGUAUAUUGGAGGCAGGAGAAACCUUUAGUCAAAUUCUGAGUGAUUCAAUGAAAGAAAUGUCCUUUAGUGGGUCAUUAGUUUACUCCCACCAUAAAUCUGACUGCAAUCUUCUGUGUGAGGAGAUAGAAAUGGCUCUCUGUGAUAAGGUAGGGGCCUUUAUCGGGUUUGAUAUGGAAUGGCCUGUGACAUAUCGCCCAGGAAGACAAGCAAAGACUGCUGUGUUACAGUUGUGUACUGCAGCUGAUGUGUGUUAUGUUUUCCACUUGUCGUGUAUUGGAGGGCUUCCCUUUGGACUUCGACAACUUCUUUUAAGUCCAAAGGUUUUUAAGGUUGGAGUGGGAAUUCAAUCAGAUUUGUGGAAACUAGAACGAGAUUUUGGUAUUUCUGUUGGACCUGUACUGAAGUCUAGUGUGGUUGAUUUGAGUGAUUAUGCCAAUCAGGCACUUAAGACUAGAGAAACAUGGAGUUUAGAUGGACUUGUUAGGCAUUUGUUUGGAGAAAAAAUCAACAAAAAUCCUUCGCUACGCAAAAGUGACUGGUCAGAGUUUCCUCUAUCAGAUUUACAGCAAAGAUAUGCUGCCACAGAUGCCUACGUUUCAUAUCUUAUUUAUGAAAAGUUGAAUAAAAUGAUGAAUAAUGUUGUCGUAUCAAAAACAUAACAUGAAUUAUUGUGAUAUAAUAUUCUUUCGUUGAAUGGUAGGUGGUAGUUAUAAAGAGAUUAUAUAAUAGUACUGUAUUUGCCUGUUGGUGCCAGUUUCAAUUAAAAAAAAACAUAAGCACUCCAUCUAAAGACUUUUUGAUGUUAAUCAUUUUUAAUAGCCCAAAAUGAAUUGGAUCUAAUUCCUCCUUUUUUCCAAUUUUUAAGUCCCCUGGGUGGUUAAUCAGGCAGAUACAUGAUUGUAUGUUAUGACAUUUCUCAGGAUCUUCAAACUAUAAUAGUAGCAAUGAGAUAUUAUACAUGUGAUAUGCUAUAAAUGAAUGUCAUAUUUAAUUCAUACAAGACUUUUAAUUUAUUUUUGUGUGAAAUAUUGUUAAAUGUUACAUGUUAAAUAAAUACAUUUUUUAUA